AUGAGAAUCACAGCUUAUGCUCUUCAACGUGCCACCAAAAUGGUAGACAAAUAUGCUCUAUAUGUUCCUAAAACAGGUUCUUUCCCAAAGGGUUUCCAAGUAGCUUCCCUUGCAUCUGGAGUAAAAAAAAAUGGAAACUUAGAUCUGGGGAUAAUUGUUAAUACCAAUAAAUCUCGUUUAUCAUCUGCUGCAGCUGUAUUUACUACCAAUAAGUUCAAAGCUGCACCAGUCUUAACAUCGAAGGAAGUUCUUGAUGUUACUGGCGGUGUUGGUGUCAAUGCUAUUGUUGUGAACUCAGGCUGUGCCAAUUCUGUUACUGGUGAGAUCGGUAUGAAGGAUGCUCAAGAUAUGGUUGGUUUAGUCAAUAAGCAAUUGAACUCGAAGAAUUCUACUCUAGUUAUGUCAACAGGUGUUAUUGGCCAAAGAUUACAAAUGGAUAAGAUCUCGAAGGGUAUCAAUAAUAUAUUUGCUGAAAAGAAAUUUGGAACAGACUUUAAUUCUUGGUUGAAUAUUGCUAAAUCUAUCAACACCACGGAUACUUUCCCAAAGUUGAUCACCUCUAAAUUCAAGUUACCCAAUGGCGCCGAAUAUACUUUAACUGGGAUGGCAAAAGGUGCUGGUAUGAUUUGUCCAAAUAUGGCUACUUUAUUGGGUUUCAUUGUUACUGAUUUACCAAUCGAAAGUAACACGUUACAAAAUAUGCUAAGAUAUGCUACAAGCCGCUCAUUCAAUUGUAUAUCUGUGGAUGGUGACAUGAGUACUAAUGAUACCAUCUGUAUGAUUGCUAAUGGAGCUGUGGAAACGUCUGAAAUUUCUGAACAAUCUGAAGAAUUUAAGAGAGUACAGGGCCAAGUCACUGAAUUCGCCCAAAAAUUAGCUCAACUAGUGGUUCGUGACGGUGAAGGUUCAACCAAGUUUGUGACAGUUAAUGUUAAGAAUGCAUUAAAUUUUGGUGAUGCAAAGAUUAUUGCUGAAACUAUUUCCAAUUCCAUGUUAGUGAAAACUGCGCUAUAUGGUCAAGAUGCUAAUUGGGGGAGAAUAUUAUGUGCCAUUGGAUAUGCCAAAUUGGAUAAUUUGAAAUCUUUAAAUGUUGAUAAGAUCAAUGUUAGUUUCAUUGCCACUGAUAAUUCGGAACCUCGUGAAUUGAAACUAAUUGUCAACGGUGUCCCACAAUUAGAAAUUGACGAAGCAAGAGCUUCAGAAAUUUUGGCUUUGAAUGACUUGGAAGUGUUGGUUAACCUAGGCACCGGUACUGAAGAAGCUCAAUUCUGGACUUGUGAUUUAUCACAUGAAUACGUCACAAUUAACGGUGAUUAUCGUUCUUAG